AUGUGUAGCCUUCGUCACCUCUACAUGUCUGAUGUGAUUUGCCGAGAGCCUCUGAAGAUUGAAAUGCUGGAGAAUCUGGAGACCUUAACCUACAUCUCAUUUGAUAAUUGGACAUAUGAGCUCUCGGGCAUGGGAAAGAUGAUCCGUCUCAAGAAACUGGGCAUUGAAGAAAUUGAUGAAAACUCGAAUGUAAGCAAGCUCUUUGCAUCAUUGGUUGAGCUGAAGAAUCUUGGAACCCUAAUCUUGAGAGGGUUUCGUUUCAGAAGCAUGCCUUGUUUGGACCAGCUUGGUAUUCUAGAAGGAAUUCAUACACUCAAAUUAGAAGGGCUCCUUCCCAAGUUACCAGUAAGUGGCACUAGUUUCCCUCGAUUUCUUAGAUCAUUGACGUUGGUUGAUAGCUGUCUUGACGAAGACCCCAUGCCACUACUAGGGGCGAAGCUAACCAUGCUUAAGCACCUCAAAUUGCGGAAUGCAUACACUGGUCAAGAAAUGGUGAUCUCGGAAUACAUGCAUUACCUUGAGGUCUUGUGCUUGGAAGAGAUGUGGAAUAUGAGAAAUGUAGAAAUUUUUAGAGGUAGACUGUAUCAACUCGAGAAGUUAGAUUCAAGAAUUGUCCAUAUCUGGAGACCCUACCCGAAGAGAUUGGGGAGAUGA